CCACGGGAGAGCCGGGCCCCUCAUGGCUCAGCCGCCGCUGCCCUUCGCCGCCCGCUUUGCGGGGCCGCCCCCGCCCCAGUACCGCUGCUUCCCCCCGCCGGGGGGGCCGUUCGCGCCUUCCCCCGCCGCGGGCCCCUUCCUGGGAGCCCCGCCGCCGCCGCCGCCGCCCCCCUUCCUGCCGCCCCCGCCGGGGGGCCCCGAGCUGCCCCCCGCCCCCCGCCCCUACUUCCCCGCCCCCGGGGGAGGCUGCGGCCCGGCUCCCCUCGGCCGCGAGGCGGCCCCGCGGCUGCUGUUCCCGGCCCCGGGGCCGCCGGCCUGGCCGCCGUGGGGCGAGGGCAGCGGCAGCGCCGAGGCGGCCGAGGGGGCGGGGGAGGCCGCCCUGCGGCAGCGCGAUGAGCUCUGGCUGGCCCAGUUCCUGGCCCAGAGGAGGCCCCGGCCCCGCGGCUUCCCGCCGCCCCCGCCGGCCGCCCCGAGCCUCAGCCAGGCCCGGCAGCUGGCGGCGGGGGCCCUGCGGCCGGUGGCCCAGCUCGCCGGCCUGUGCCGCGCCCUGCGGCAGCUGGAGGCCGCCGGCGACGAGGCCGGCUGGGCCGCGGCCCAGGCCCGGGCCCGCGCCCUGCUGAGCGAGCUGCGGGAGCGGACGCGGCCCCUGCGGGAGCCCGGCUACCUGGGCGAGCUGCGGCGCAAGGCGGAGAAGGCGCGGAAGCGGCGGCUGCGCCUCCGCAAGAGGAAGCGGGAGGCCGCGGCGGCGCGGGAGGAGGCGGCGGCGCGGGAGGCCAGGAUCGACCAGUGGCGAGCCAAGUGCGUCCAGGAGGUGGAGGAGAAGAGCCGGGAACGUGAACUUAAAGCUGCAGCAGACAGUGUCUUAUCUGAAGUAAGGAAAAAACAGGCAGACACAAAGAGAAUGGUGGACAUCCUGCGUGCUUUAGAAAAGCUUCGGAAACUGAGAAAGGAGGCAGCAGGAAGAAAAGGUGUUUGUCCUCCACCCUCAGCAGAUGAAGACUUUGAACAUCACAUACAGAGGCUGAGGACACUGAUCAGAAAACGCUUUGAACUGUAUGAAGCUGAAGAGAGAGCAUUAAGAGUUAUGUUAGAAGGAGAACAGGAAGAAGAGAGGAAAAGAGAAAUGGAAAAGAAACAGAAGAAAGAAAGGGAAAAGCUUCUACAGCAGAAACGUGACAUUGAUUCCAAGUUAUUUGGGGAUCCAGAUGAGUUUCCUCUUAAUCAUCUACUGCAACCCUUUAGACAAUAUUAUUUACAAGCUGAGCAUUCUGUACCAGCCCUCAUCCAGAUAAGGCAUGAAUGGGAUCAGUAUCUGGUACCAGUUGAUCAUCCUGAAGGAAGCUGCAUCCCUCCAGGAUGGGUCCUUCCAAGUCUCCCUACCAGUGACACCUGGGCCACUGCUGUUAGAUAAUUUUAUAAGAAGUCAGACUGAAGUGGUAGGAAUUUCACAUAUAGGUAGGUAGGUAGGUCCCAAGUUUUCCUUGAAAUCUACACCGCCACUUCAUUUUUUUAAUUGUAAAGCAUGUGGCAAGAUACUGGAGUUGGAAUUUCCUGAAGAAAAGCGAUAAGGGAAAAAUGUUUUCCACCUCCUGGAUCAACAGAUAAAUAUCCAAGUGUAAAAGAUGGUAUAAGCCAUGUUUGUUGUUAAUGUUGUGGUGCUAUAGAAUUACAGUUCUGUUAUGGGCCUUUAUUUAACUAGCCUUUGGAUUUGAGUGAAUUUGUUUACAAUUUGAGGGCAUUGUAAGUGGGCUGAUACUUUUGCAGAGCAUGUGUGUGCAAUGAAAAUGCUCACGUUGGACAUCAGAUUUAGCUGUUUCCCUAGCAUGUAAGCUUUCAGUUCAGCAGUCAUCUCUCUGAACUCUUCUGGUUGUAGAGACAGUGAAUGACUAUCGCCAAAAGAGGUGAAUUUCCAUAGAAAAUUAGUGUUGAAACAAAUUUCUGUUCCAAAAUUAGUAUCAAAGUCAGUGAACACUCUCAAUCUAAUAUUUGACCCUGAAGUUCCAGAUCUCUUUUUAAAACAAAAAAAAUAGCCAACACCACAUAAUUAUAGAAGUAUAAACAUUUCUAAGAGUCACUGUGGUCAACUUGAGUUCUAACUUCACUCUACCACUGGCUUGCUUUGUGGCCUUUGGCAGUCAGUAAGCUCUUUUUGUCUAUUUAAGCAAACUGCAAAAUAAGAAUAAUUUCCUACCUCACAAGGAUUAAUGUUGUAUAGUGAGUUUAAAAUGCUAAGUAUUACUUAUAUUGAUAUGCCGUUUAGCAAUUAUGCAUCAAACGUAGCUCACAGAUUUAAGAUUAUUUUCCUAAAUAAAAAGUGUGAGCUCCAAAGAUGGCCUCUUUCUUUCAGGCAGAUUAGUAGCCAGCUUUUGGGCAUUAUACAUGCAGUAAUAAUGCAUGCAGCUUUAAAAAUCUAGCUCCUUGAUUGUCUCCUGUCCAAAGUCACAAUUAUUUUUGCUUAAUGAAGGGCUUAAGUCUUGUUUUCAGUUUUGUUAUAAGAAUGAAAAGGUUUUUCCCCCUCUGGAUAGUCAUGUGUUGCACUGUGUCCAAGAGACACUUUGCUUAUAAAACCUGGAAUUUUGUAUGUGCUCAAUCUCUUAUAGACUAGAUAGACACUAGAGCCUAAUAUUCAUGUGAUACCUGUUCCAUUGACAUUGUAUUUGGGUAUGGUGCUAAUAGAAGUAUCUUGACAAUCCAUAAUUGUACCAUCAUGCUCAAAAAGGUAGACUAGCCAUGUGAUUGUACAAAGCUUGAUAAAUAAGCCUACUAGAAAAAAAAAAUGUAAUAAAAGCUGAAGUCUAAUUUAUUGUAAUUGUUCUUGCUAGUUACUUGCUUUCUUUGUAAGUUGAUACUAUUUGUAAAAUAUAAAUUGAUCAAAAAUACAACUCUCAUUUUGAAAGUGCGUUUUAUACUUAAAAAAAAUAAAAAAUAAUGGAAACUGUCAUAAA